CAAUUCACCAAUGAACUGAGCUAGCUUUCUGAAACGUGACCAGCAAGGCCGCGAUCACAUAGUAAAAAGAAAAGUUUAACUCAAAGCAAAGCCUAUAUAUAAACAGUUCUAAAAUUAUAUUCCACACAAACCUACCAUAUAUCAUUAUCAGAUUAUCUCAGAAUCUCAAAAUCAAUCAUGGGAGAUUUAAUUCGUCAAAAUCCAGACGGUACCUACACCCGACUGGUAUCAAUGCCGACCACCCCAGCCUCAGCAGAUCCAUCAUCACUUUCUGAGGUUUUAACCAAAGAUGUCACGUUUAACCCAACCAACAACACUUGGGUCCGAAUAUACUUGCCCAAAAAAGCACUAGUUAAUAACUCCUCCACUACAACCAAUAAGCUUCCUCUUAUUGUGUACUACCAUGGCGGUGGCUUCUACUUCACUACCGUUGCGACAACACUUAACCACAAUUUUUGCGACACAAUGUCGACACAACUUGACGCCGUGGUGGUCUCCGUUGAGUACCGCAUGGCCCCGGAGAAUCGGCUCCCAGCUGCAUACGAUGACGCCAUGGAGGCGUUGGAUUGGAUUAAAUCCACGGACGAAAUUUGGUUACGUGAAUAUGCCGACAUCUCUAACUGUUUUCUUAUAGGGACCAGUGCAGGGGGCAACAUACUCCACCAUGUUGGAGUGCGUGCGUCAGCAGCUGUCGAAGAACUUGCACCGUUGGAGAUCCGAGGGCUCAUAUUUCAUCAUCCGUUUUUUGGUGGGGUCACGAGGACUGAAUCCGAGAUAAGAGGUGUCAACGAUCCUGUUAUUCCUCAAGUCUCCACUGAUCUGUGUUGGGAACUUGGAUUACCAAUCGGCGCCGACCGCGAUCACAAGUACUCCAAUCCAAUGGCGGAUGAUCAGUGGUCUGUCAAUUGUGCUCGAAUUAAAAAUUUGGGGUGGCGUUUGCUGGUUGCAGGGGGUGAUCGUGAUCCUGUGUUUGAUCGCCAAAUGAUGUUUGUGGAGAUGCUCAAGAAAGAUGGGGUUAAUGUUAUUUCACAUUUUAUUCAAGGAAAUCCUCAUGGGGUCGAGAUUACGGAACCGAGUACAGCUCCAGCGCUAUUUGUUUCAAUUAAAAAGUUCAUAAAUAAUGACAUGUGAGUUGUGACCACUUGUUGAGUAAAAUUAAAUUUCGAAAAGAAAUCAAAUAAAUUAAAUAAAAGGAAAUUAUGUUGUCCUA